UUGUUGCUAAUUCUUACCGGAAGUUCUCUGUUUCCCCUCCAUGUCUUGACGUUCAUAUUAAAACACAGCCUAGUUGUGGAAGCCUAAACGGGGGGAUUGAUAACGCCAGUGUCCAGGAGCGAACAGCCGGGUGGAGCUUUCUGGUCUCCCGGUGGAGUUGUUGUUGGUUAUCGCCUUAUUGAGCAGAGAAACGGCUCAAAGGUGACGUGAUGUGAAAAAAAGAAGUCCGGGCGCCAUCGGAGCAGUCCAGCCGACUUUCCAGCGUUAAAGACUUGACUUGAGACUGAAUAGGAUCAACGCGAUGCUUCUCCAUCUACCAAUGUCCUGAUAACUACAGACCUGCAGCAAGAACGAGCCAGCGAUCUGCCGACCAGGAGUGAGCAAUAUAUAGGUUUCAAGCUCCAGUUCACAAAACAGGCAUCAUGUCUUCCCGGGAGCGCCGCUCUGAGGUCUACAUAAAGGCGGAGCCGAGCAGCCCGGAGGGAGGCGGCGGAGGCCGGACCAGCCCCGGCGGGGUCUCCUCGGACUCCUCUCAGAGCGGCGGCGGGGGCACCAGAGGAGACGGCGCCAAGCGCUACUCGCCGCCGCUCUACACGCCGGCCCUGCGCUGCCAUUUUAAAGACGAGCCCGGCGACGGGGCGGAGGAGGGCUCCGCCGGAAACGGAGCGGGGCGCUGCAAGUACGCCCUGAGCACGCUGCCCAAGAGGCUGUGUCUGGUGUGCGGGGAUGUGGCGUCAGGUUAUCAUUACGGCGUGGCGUCAUGCGAGGCUUGCAAGGCCUUCUUCAAGAGAACCAUUCAAGGUAACAUUGAAUACAGCUGCCCUGCAUCAAAUGAGUGCGAAAUCACCAAAAGGCGAAGGAAAGCCUGCCAGGCAUGCCGCUUUACUAAGUGCCUCAAAGUAGGCAUGCUGAAAGAGGGAGUACGUCUUGACAGAGUCAGAGGUGGAAGGCAGAAGUACAAAAGACGCCCAGAAGUGGAGAAUGCAACAUAUCAGAGCGCCCCUCUAUCUCUGACGAAAGAGAGCGAAAAAGGUUCCUCCAACAUCAUCGUGUCCCACCUUCUAGUGGCAGAGCCCGAAAAGUUAUUUGCCAUGCCGGACCCUCUGCAGCCCGACACGGCCCAGCGGACCCUCACCACCCUCUGUGACCUCGCUGACCGCGAGCUGGUUGUGAUCAUUGGCUGGGCCAAACACAUUCCUGGCUUCCUGUCUCUGUCUCUAGCAGACCAGAUGUCCGUGCUGCAGUCGGUGUGGCUGGAGGUGCUGGUUCUGGGCGUAGCGUACCGCUCCAUCGGCUGUGAGGACGAGGUGGUCUUCGCCGAGGAUUUUGUCCUCGAUGAGGAAAUGUCGCGCGUUGCCGGACUGACUGAGCUAAACGCGGCCAUUAGCCAGCUCGCACGCCGUUUCCGUGCGUUAAAUGUGGACCGAGAGGAGUUUGUCAUGCUAAAAGCCAUCGCUCUCACAAACUCGGACUCUGUUUACAUCGAGGACAUGGAGGCUGUGCAGAAGCUCCGGGACCUCCUCCACCAGGCCUUGCUGGAGCUGGAGUGUCAGCGGCGCCCGGACGACCCCCAGCGGGCGGGACGCCUCCUUUUAACAUUGCCGCUCCUCCGACAGACUGCCGGCCGCGCGCUCACCACUUUCUACAGCAUCAAGACCCGUGGCGGUGUUCCCAUGCACAAACUAUUUCUGGAGAUGCUGGAGGCCAUGAUGGACUCUCCUUAGAGUGUGGAGCAAAAAAAAAGAAAGGAAAAAGAAAAACAACCAACAACAGAGUUGGUCUACAAGACUGGACAAGUGUUUUUUUUUUUUUUUAAAGAAAAAAACAACAAGGAAAGUUUUUAUUAGAGAACUAUUGAGGGAUUUAUGCUUCUCAUUUUAAGCAAGGAAAGUAUAAGAAAAUAAACUGUAUUCGCAUUUUUUUAGACGGAUUUUGCUUUUUACACCACGCGGUACCUGCCAAGCUCCAGUUGAAAAAAAACAACAAAAAACUGCAAGUGUGACAGCGUAAUAUUUGAACUAAAUCAUGGAAGGCUUUUUGUUUUUUUAUGGCAUCAAGCUACGAAUACUUUACCACUUCACUUUUAGGUACACAACAGACUGCAAUCUGUGUAGCUUUUGAACUUUUUAACAUAAUGCUACAUCUGCACAUAAAAGCCAUAUUGAGACAUCUAGUGUAAGGCUUGAGGGUCCAUUGAGGUGGGGGUGGGGGACAGGAGUUGUAGGCAAACCCGGAGGGGUUACUUGCAAUAUUUCUUUAUUCAAAAGGUUUUAUUGGCUCUGGUGCGCUUUGAGAGCGCUCAGAGAGGAAAGUGGGUAUUGAGAGAGGGGGAAGACAUGCGGGAAUCAAACCUGCGACGCCCGCGUCGUGGACUGAGGCCUCCUUACGUGGGUUGUGCGCCACCCCUGCGCCAACGCAGCACCCCCUACUUGCAAUAUCUUAAAAGCAAUAUCAUCCAUGACUUUCAAAAUAUAAAAACAAUUUGCUUGUUAGUAUUUGUAUCAGUUGUUCUGCAUACUUUGGACCCCAAGUGCUUAUUGUUAUUUUUUAAUUCUAUUCUCUUGUAUUCUAGGACUACAGGAUGUAUGUGUGGAAAACAGGAAAGACUACAACUUUUUUUUUUUUUUUAAUAAGAGGGUUAUUUAGCAUUAAGCCACUGAGAAGUUCCGGAUGGAUUCUAAACGUUAUGCUGUACGCCGGAGGAUCGGGCAUAUCCAUAGAAUUUUGUCCUAGCAGCAAAAACCUGGCUUCCAGCAGCAUGCGUGUCUGCGGUCCCGUGCAGUGGAAAACAAAUGCGAUCAGGGAAGAGGACAACUUUAUUUAUUUUAUUUUUUUGACAUUAAAGUUUUGGUGGCAGCGACAGCGGCUGGAUUAGCGAUGGAUCCGCCUCGUUUUGCUUGUUUUUAUAACGCCAUCCCUCCUACCCUCUCACCUUCUUCGUCCACUACAACCACACUUUGACCUCUGCAGCUGUGUGUGUAAAAAAAAAAAAAAAAAAAAAAAGAAAUGAAGAAAAAACACUUCUUUCAUACUUGGGCUGCGAUAUGUAACACUAACCUACAUGACUGCUAAUGUGCGCGGUGAGAUUUCGCUGCAUUUUUCUGCAGUGACGACGAACAUUGCAUAAAAGAUCUCGGAACGGUUUCGGUUGGAGAUCCUUCUUCUUCCUCCUCCUCCUCUUCCUCCUCUUACUGUGGAUGCACAUGGUGAACUUGAACCCGCGCCCUGGAUCGGUGCUCAGGGCUACAAGACGUUCAGCUUAUGCAACAUCUUUCUUUUAGAUGUUGAAACCUUGUCUGGUUAACGUGUCGAAGGUCCUACUCUUUAUUAGAAUUAUUUGUAUAGUCACAGUGUAAAUGAUCAUUUAGGUAAGCAAAAAAAAGAAAUCUGAUGUUUAAGAAGGAAAAAAAAAAGAAAGAAAGAUAACCAGAUCCCUAUAACUAGAGACCAAAACGGUCAAUUCUCUUUUAGCUAUGUACAGUUCCAUUCAAAUAAACAAACAUGCAAUUUGUAGUGGAAGCUAAAUAAAAAUAAAAAGAAAGCCAGCAGAUGUAAUACUAAUUCCCCCCAUUACAAUGUUUGUGCAGCUUACUAUGUGCUGAUGUUUGUAAAAACUUAAAACUUAGUUUUCAUAUAGUUUCCCUCUUAGGAUAUAAGGGUACUUGCAUUGUGACUCUGUUGUGGGUUUGAAAUUUUCAUGCCGGCUUUAAUCAAUGUUCUUUUUAUUUUUUGGGGGGGAGGGGUUGUUAGUUUAGGGAUCAAUUUCAAAUGGCACUAUAAAUGCAGUGGCUUAGUAAGGCUACAGAAGGCUACCUCAGGAGGCAGCAUCAGCCACAUGGCCAACUAACUGUGGAGAAAACGAUCAACUUGCAUAUUGGAUUUAGCGAAUUCGUUGAGCCCGAGUUUGUCUCAUUUUUGGUUUUUAAGAUGCAUCUGACUCAAUAAUCCUGCUUGAAUAGUUGGUGCAGCAGCAAAGCUACACUAGCAACAUCAGAUAUCUGGCAGAAUGUGACCCAGAUUAGCUGCUGUUAUCUGACGUUUGUGUUUAUUUUUUUUAUUAUUUUUAAUUUUAUCUCUGAUUUCUUUGUUACCACGCAGUUCUUUAUUGCAAAGAUGGAGUUGUUCUGUUUAUGUCUGUGUGUUUUCGGUACAAUGGGUUUCGGGGGGGUUGGAUUGAUCGCUUGUGGUGUCGCUGUUCAAAUUAUACAGUCAUUUAUGGGUUCUAUUACUAAUGUGCACAUUAAUAUAAAUGAGCAAUACAACAAAUUACCAAACCUCACACAUUUCCUUGUAUAGCCAUCGUGUACAUUUAACAUCACCAGUUAUAAUUAUUAAAUAAAUAAAACAGAAAAACAAGUUAAUGUUAUUUAGAAAAUUCAAAUCAAUGUUUGUAUUUUGAAAGAGUAUUUAAAUGAUUAAAUUCUAUUUUUUACUCAAUUUACUGUCGUUUGUUGACACUGCUUUAAUUUUGUGUGCGAUACCGGCUGUAAAUUUCUGUGUAGGCUUUUUUUUUUUUUAGGUAAACAGUUUGAUGUCCUUGUCUAAACAUGUUCACAUUAAACUCACUGUGACAUAGAAGAAGAAGAAAAAAAAAACAAAAACCAGAUCUUCCACUGUCUGACGAAGCAGGGAGUGGAUUAUUGUAGGUGCUUUGUGUUGUGUAAUAAAUGGACACACCACCACCA